AUGUUUAUCCCUCCUUUGAAGUUCAGCACAGUCCAGGAGGGAUUCUACAGAGGUGCAUAUCCAAGAGAAAUCAAUUUCCCAUUUCUCGAAAGCUUGAGUCUAAAAACCAUUGUUUCUUUAACUCCACUGCCAGUGACACCAGAGACUGAUCCAAAACUAUAUGACUUCGCUACCAGAAACAAAAUCACCCUUGUGCACCUUGAGUGUGAGCAACUGGGUAAAGGAAAGAAACGUGGAGUACCAUUAGGAUAUUCGACUGUGCUUGAGGCCUUAGAUCUAAUUAUUCAUACCCUGCAUUCUCCAAUCUAUGUUCACUGCGUUAAUGGAGGCCAAGUCACAAGUUUAAUAGUAGCAUGUUUAAGGAAGCUACAAUUCUGGACAUCAUUGACUAUAUUCAAUGAAUUUAUUAAUUAUACCACCAACAUAACCUUGAACGAUAGAAAUUUUGUGGAAGGAUUUCGAGGCGAUAUACAAGUCGAUAGUUCAGAUAAAGUGAGUUGGUUAUGGAAUGGGAUGAGUAAUGGUGUGGUAAGCAAUCAUCCUAUGAUUAAGAUCCACCAGCUGGAUAUAUGA